AUGGGAGAAGACUUUAACCGGUGUGAUUUGUGUCGAGCCAAACUGUGUGGUUUCUCACCGCCUGCUGAUUUAACUCCUGUGACAGCGCUACUCCCGUGUCUUCAUGCAUUUUGUCCGUCCUGUAAAACUAAAUGUGAACAAGCAUCAGUGAAUCACCAGACGCUGAUCUGCGAAGUUUGCCGUACGGAAUGUCUUCGAUCUCAUGUACUUAAUCUUCCAAAUACAAGCGAAUGUACCGUAAGAAGGUGUGAAUCUGCAGUUUGUCCAGAUAGGCAUCAGGCCACAACAAAAUGUAUUAUUUGCAAUGAGGCUUUAUGUGCUGACUGCAGUUUAGCACAUCAGCGGGUCACCGCAACAUCUUCUCAUUUUUUACAAACUUUAUGUCCCGUGAUUCCGAAGUGUGUCCGUUGUCCUCUCCACAGCAAUAUGAAAAUUGUAUCGUUAUGUCAGUGUGGAUCGUAUGUGUGUAUGACAUGUGUUGCUAGUAGACUUCAUGAGGGUCCUUCACAUAUGAUAACACCCUUAUCUCAUCUACCAAACUCUCAAGUCGAUGAAAGUAAAAUUAUGUCUUCAACAGCACGAGAAACAACACACAUCGACUGCAGUUUAUCAAUGAUACAAGUGCGUAAGAAUGCUUUAAGUGAACGUGUUGCUAGUUUAAAGAAGGAAGUUGGAAAUCAAGUUGUACAUAUUUGUCAAGCGGUGAUGAGGAGGGGGAAUGACCUGUUGCGAGCAUUGGAUGCCGUUCAGUUUUAUAAAGGACAGGAGUAUGACAAACUUCGUCAUGAACUACUCUGGCAAAAGCGACGAUUUAGUAGAAUUAACUCAUAUGCGUUACACAUCAAAGAUUUUGACGAUCUCAGUACGCUUGUGGUCAUGCGACAGUUUUUGGAGAACUGUAUCACAAUUAUUAAAGCAAAAAAAGUUAGCAGUGAGAGAAGUUUGAAUGGCCUUCAGCGUCCAGCGACGGUGCAAUUUAAACCCGAUACGGAACAUAUGCUAGCAAAUAUCAGCCAAUGGGGGCGAAUUUUUGCUGAAGUUGAUGAUUUGGGGACAUUAAAAACUGUGGAAGUUACACCAGCACCACUGUCUUCAAAUCCCAUAGAUGUUCCAUUGUUCAACACCGCGAUGAAUAGACCAAGAGGAUCUUGUUCAUCAGCAAAUAUUUGUACACAACGCUCGUGCUCUACUGGAUCAGUUGGGCCAAAUACCUCAUAUAUUACCUUACGACCACCAGUGGCACAAGAGCAUUCCCGGCUUUUACAGCAGCAGCAAUUUCAUGUCCAAGAAUUAGCAGCAAGACAAAUGCAAAAUGCUCGAAGACAAGGAAUUCCGCAGUCUCAGUUUCUCGGUUCUUUGCUGACUGAUAACACUCAACGUCCAAGAUCUGUUCAGUUGCCAGGACCACGUUAUUCACAUCCAUAUGUUUCUGGACUGAAUAUGACCGAACGACCAUGUAUCUCUCCAUAUAUUCCUGCUGGACAGAUCCUCCCAUAUGCUUCUCAGCGAAUGUUUUUGCCAGGUUCCAUGCCAACUCAGCAACCAUCAAAUUUGAUCGAAGGAUAUAACGAUAUUCACCGAGUCUCGAAUAUUCAAUUAACGAACUCACAAGCAGAAAGCAGCUUAUCUGGAACUCCUUUCGCUCCAGGGACUCAUGCAAGUUCGCUUCUCAGGCGAUCUGGAGAAUCAUUGAUGCAGACUAGUCGGCUUAAUAUGGCCAAUCCUUUACCAGUUACGAGUUCAAAUUCGGUUCCUACUUUCUCUUGUUCUUCUGCUGUGCAAACCAUACCAUCCAAUGUAGUUACGGCAGAUAUCCAACGUGCAAACAGUUUAAACAACUCUAUUGUGUGCACUCAAAAUGAUGGCACAUCUGCACAACAUGACAGAUCUGGUGUAUGCUUUAAUUCGCCGGUCUUAAAUCUCGGUGUAACACUUGCGACUCAACAAAAAUGUGCACCUAUCAGUUCUGAAGCAUCAGUGAGUACAUGUAUUAGCUCACCACCACCAAAAGACCCCGAACCAGCUCCACUGAAAAUAACAGUUAGCAUUAAAAAAAAUAAUGAUGAGAUUGCAAAAACGUCAAAUAUAUCAAAAACUCAGUUGGAUCAGAUCAAAAUGUCGAAUUCAAAACAAAUGAGAACUGGAAAUGAGCAGCAGUUUCAAGAUUUGGCAGAUAAUGAUGAGUCAAGAUGGGAUGACUACUGCUAUGUAUGCCAGCAAGGCUGUGAUGAAAAAACUGGUUCUCUUGGUUGCUGUGCACGUUGUCCACGAGUUUUUCAUAAUAUUUGUCAUAUUCCAGCUAUAAAAGAGCAGAUGGAGAAUUUACCAGAUGAGUGGGCAUGUUCAUUAUGUAUUGAGGCAGAACCACUGCACGAAAAUUCGGUUACAAUUGGACAACGCGAGAGACUGCUCUGCUCUAAGGUUUUGCUAAGUUGCUAUGAAAAACAUUUGGAUGUGGAACCAUUUUGUCAGCCUGUACCACGAACCGUCAUUAGUUAUCAUGUGAUCAUCAAACAGCCCAUGGAUUUUUCAACCAUUGCACGACGCUUGAGAGAAAAAGCAAAGGAUGCAUUCACGAACGUUGCACAGUUUAUCCAAUGCAUGAACUUAGUUUUCGAGAAUUGCUCUACCUUUAAUGCACCAGGUGAUGAAGUUGCAAAGGCGGGACGUUCAGUUUAUCAGAUAUAUAGUAGGGCUGUAAAAGAGUAUCUUCCGUGUAUGAAAAGUCAAGUGUGGUUAUAUGUGAAUAGAUAUUCGGAAAAUCGCCAUGCAGGACUAAUGCAAAAAGAGCAGAAUGCUCAAGCCUCGUCUUCCACUGUACGAGUGCAUGAAACAUCGGAAGAACCUGUUGUUAAGAAGUUCCGCAAGGAAGUUAAAAGUGAAUUCAGUGAAAUUGCUACUUAA